UCAAAUGUGGUGUAUAAAAAAGACAACUUAAAAGAUUUAUAUUUUGUUUCAAAAUUGUCAUUAAGUUCAUCUGGCACCAAGAUAGAUGUUGGCUUCUAAACACAGUUCUUCACUAAAAGGAACAAGGGCCUCUUAGAAAUGAGUGAUUCCAGAGCAAAGGCAAGUUAAGCUACUUAUAAAGAAAAAGUGGUUUUUUCAGUUCACAGUUUUGGAAUCUGAAAGUCUAAACAACAUGGCACAGGCUCUGGAGAGGGCCUGGUAUGGCACAUGGAUGACAGGAGUACAUGCAGGCGGACCAAUCACAUCUUGACACAGGAAGCCACAGAGUGACUAGUGUUGACCUAACCAGUGAAGAAACAACUGAUUCCACCAGUUCAAAAAUCAACCUAUCUGAAAAUACUCAGCAAGAAGAUGGCAGCAUGUUCUCUCUCAUUACGUGGAAUAUUGAUGGAUUGGAUCUGAACAGUCUGCAGGAGAGGGCUCGUGGGGUGUGUUCCUACUUAACUUUGUACAGCCCAGAUGUAAUAUUUCUACAGGAAGUUAUUCCCCCAUAUUAUAGCUAUCUAAAGAAGAGAGCAAGGAGUUACGAAAUUAUUACAGGUCAUGAAGAGGGAUAUUUCACAGCUAUAAUGUUGAAGAAAUCAAGAGUGAAAUUAAAAAGCCAAGAGAUUAUUCCUUUUCCAAGUACCAAAAUGAUGAGGAACCUUUUGUGUGUUCAUGUGAGUUUGUCUGAAAAUGACCUUUACCUUAUGACUUCCCAUUUGGAGAGCACCAGAGGACAUGCCAAGGAACGAAUGAGUCAGUUACAAAUGGUAUUAAAGAAAAUGCAAGAGGCGCCAGAGUCAGCCACGGUUAUAUUUGCUGGAGAUACAAACUUACGGGAUCAGGAAGUCACUAAAUGUGGUGGGUUACCUGACAACAUCUUGGAUGUGUGGGAGUUUUUGGGCAAACCUAAGCAUUGCCAGUACACAUGGGACACACAGAUGAACUCCAAUCUUGGAAUAUCUGCCGCUUGUAAGCUUCGUUUUGAUCGGAUAUUUUUCAGAGCAGCAGCAGAAGAGGGCCACAUUAUUCCCCGAAGUUUGGACCUCCUUGGGUUGGAGAAACUGGACUGUGGUAGAUUUCCUAGUGAUCACUGGGGUCUUCUGUGCAACUUAGAUGUGAUAUUGUGAAAUGUUUUCACAUGUGAGUUUAAAUGUUUGAGUAGACUUCUGAACUUUUUGCAGGUAUCGUUUCUACCUAUCUGGAAAGGUAGGUUUCAUAUAGAGGAAUUAAUAUACUGGAAAAUUGUUUCAGAAAAAAAAAAAGAUUUUAUAGAUUAUGUUCUCAGAAUUCUGAGUUAAAUAUUAAUGUCUGAGGCUGGGGAUAUAGCUCAAUUGGUAGAGUGCUUGUCUUGCAUGCAUGAGGUCCUGGGUUCAAUCCCUAGCACCCCCCCACACACACACACACACACACACACAAAUAAUAAUAAUAAUAAUGUCUGUUUAAACAUGCCUGUGUUCAGAAUGUGAGGUCAUUUAGUGAAAGGGCAUAAAUUCUGUGGGAGCUCUGUCAGUGUUCAUAGCUUCCAGAUAGAUUCCCACCAGGGGCCACCUUAUCUCGGGACUAACCUUUAUAGUGUUUUUCAAUCAGGCACCAAAAUAGUAAUAAUUUUUAAAAGUCACUGAAAGAAAAAACAGAUUACUUAGUUCCUGGACCUGGAUCUCUUAUCAUAUUUCACAAGUUUAGAUAAUCUCAAAAGAAAAAGCCACACUCCUCUGUUGUUAGUGACAGCUAUCCUGCAUCCAACUUAAAUAGUACAUAAUUGGUAAGCUAUAAAUGAAGUCUUAUGAUUUAAAAUUUCUUAACUUUUUUCUGAUUAAUGGUGUAGGUAUGUUGCUAACAAAGGCAAAAUUAGUCUUGAUAAUGAUUAAAAUCAGAUUUAUAACAGCAUGGAUCCUUUUUCCUAAGAGAAAAAUAAAUACAUAAAGAGAAAUAACCUUUUAGUUUUGCUACUUGUAAGAUAGAGCUAUUUUACAAUAAAUGAAUUAAGAGUA